AUGGAGUUUAACAUAGCCUGCCUGUUGAUGAUGUUAUUGGCUUUCAAUAUUGUGGGAAUGACACAUGCAUCGGAUCCUGAUAUCACCUCUGAUUUUGUUCUUCCUCCGGGCCAAGAUCUGAAAAAACGUGGAUGGCGAUUUCUUCACCUUCACGGGAUUCUGACAGGUUGGGAGCAACAAUUUAACCUGGCAGAGCACAGUGAAAGUGACAAAGGCAUCAAUGGCAGAUUCCCUGCUGGCGGGGUGAACCCUCCUCGCACUCACCCUUGCGCUUCUGAACUUCGCUAUCUUUUGACUGGAUCGCUCGAAGUUGGAUUCGUUGACACCACCGGAAAGCUCUUCACUCAAACACUAUAUUCAGGGGAUUUAUAA